AUGGAGUUGGACGAUAUCAACAGCACUCUCGAAGAGCAGACAAAUCUCCAAAAGGAAUUGUGGAGUAUCACCCAAACACCUUGGGAGUCCGGUGUCUUGCCAAGUGCGGACCAUUUGGCACGCGCACGAGCAUCCCUUCCAGUGAAGCUGGCCAACGAUGGAUUGGGUUUCGAAUCUGUCAGGCAGCACAUCCUGGAUGAUAUUGUCCCCGCGCUGAAUGGUAGCAGUAUAAGCUCCAACUACUAUGGCUUCGUCACUGGCGGGGUAACACCAGCGGCAUUGUUUGCCGAUAACAUUGUCUCCGCCUAUGAUCAGAAUGUUCAGGUACACCUACCGGACCAUUCCGUUGCCACCGAUGUUGAGUACAAUGCAUUGGGUCUACUGGUCGACCUCUUGCAACUUGAUCGGAGCACCUGGUAUAAUGGCACUUUUACGACCGGAGCCACGGCAAGUAACAUACUUGGCCUCGCCUGCGGAAGGGAGUUCAUUUUGAGACAUGCGGCGAAGAAGAGAGGGGUCACUCUGCAGAGCGUGGGGGAGCAUGGACUGUUUGAAGUCAUGCAGGCCUCUGGAAUCUCAGGACUCCAGGUUCUCUCUACGUUGCCCCAUUCGUCUCUCAUCAAGGCAGCUGGCAUACUAGGAAUUGGCCGCGCCAAUGUAAAGAACGUUUGCCGUGGAGACAAUUCACUUAUGUUUGACCUUCAAAAACUGGAAGCUGAACUGGCAAACCCAGACAAAGCAACCAUCGUCGCUGUCUCAUGUGGAGAGAUCAACACCGGACAAUUCGCGACGGCCGGUCUCGAGGAGAUGCGUGAGAUCCGAAGGCUCUGCGAUAAAUAUGGUGCCUGGGUGCAUGCCGACGGAGCCUUUGGAAUCUUUGGCCGGAUUCUGGACGAUAGCACAGAGUUCGCGUCUAUCAAGAAAGGCUGCGAUGGUAUCGAGUUGGCGGAUUCCAUCACGGGCGACGGGCAUAAGCUACUCAAUGUACCUUACGAUUGCGGAUUCUUUCUUUGCCGCCACUCUGAUGAAGCACAGAAUGUCUUUCAGAACGCAAAUGCGGCCUACUUGACCUCCAGCCUGGCAGGUGGACCUUCUAUACCUUCUCCGUUAAACAUUGGAAUCGAGAACUCGAGACGUUUCCGAGCCUUGCCCGUUUACGCCUCGCUCGUAGCUUAUGGCAGAGCUGGGUAUCAGACUGUGCUUCAGAGACAGAUCAGACUGGCCAGGAAGGUCGCUGCGUGGGUAUCCGACCAUCCCGCCUAUGAGGCAUUACCGGAGAUGGGAAGUACGGAGGAACUCCUGGAUAAAACUUAUAUGAGCGUCCUGUUCAGUGCGAAGAAGGACAGUUUGAACCAGAGACUAGCGUCAACGAUCAAUGCCACUUCGAAGAUAUUUGUCUCCGGUACAGCAUGGCAGGGAAGAUCGGCUUGUCGAAUUGCUGUCUCCAACUGGCGAGUCGAUGUAGAAAGGGAUUUUGCUAUUGUGGCUGCAGUCUUGGACGGUGUGGCUGGGGAGUAG